UUUAGCAAUUAUUACGUGGUCGGUCAUAUAAAUUUAGAAACAAUCACUCAAGCCUACCGGUUAUCUACGCAACAUCUGAUGUUUGUAUCACGCGGUGUGUACAGGAUGAAAAGGAUCGAUAUUAGUUUCUUGCGUCUUUUUCGAUUGGUGAAAAAUUUGACGUUGUGUACAUGUGUAGUUAUAACAUUUGUUGGAACAUACCUUUACUUUGAUUAUCUUAAAUGCGAAGAAUUCAAAGAUUCAUUUUUAUACCUGUAUCCUUUCGGAAAUGUCAGUAGUAUUGUUCAAGAACUAAAACAGAAAGGUACUACACAUACAAAAGAAAUCAAUGAUGUCUAUCGAUUACAUAGAAUAAUAAAUUCGCCUAUAAAUGCCUGCAAUAAACCUGUUUCUUUGUUGGUAAUUGUAAAAUCGAAAUGUAGUAACCAUGGCCAUAGAUCAGCAAUAAGAAGAACCUGGGGAAAUGGCGAAAAUUCAGAUAUUUAUGUUUACUUUUCACUUGGGUACCUACCAGAAGUACAAGAUGAGAUUAAUGAAGAAAUUCAUGCGCAUAAUGACAUCAUUCAAGGAUCAUUUGAUGACGUGUACAGAAAUAAUAUAUAUAAAACAUCUUUGAACUUCAGAUGGGUACAUGUUCAUUGUUCUCAUCUUCAAUACGUUUUAUUCAUCGACGAUGACUAUUUCCUCAAUAUGAAAGGAAUAUUAUCUUAUGUACGAAUGUUAUCAAAAUUUAACAUUUCAAAUAAGAUGUAUGGAUAUCGAGGUCAAUGCUGGAAACCUAUCCGAUUAUGUUUUCAUGAAAAAACUUACAUUUCACUGGAUGAAUAUCAGUACGAUUAUUGGCCGGACUAUUUAUUAGGCGGAACAAUAUUAACCACAAUGGAUGUGGUUAAAGGAAUAUCAAGUGCAAUUCCAUAUAUUAAAAGAAUCAGCAUUGAUGAUACGUAUGUAGGAAUAGCUGCUCAUCUUUUAGGAAUUGAAUUGAUUGACGAAAGAAGGUUUUCAAAACAAUCUCGUUCCGCUAGUCAAAUGAAAUACUAUCUUAGUGCUCAUGGAUAUGAUGGAGAGUCUUUAAUCGCCACAUGGGAAGAAUUCACAAAGUUUUAAAAAUCAGUUUCAAUAGUUCUCACUUCUUAAUCAACUCAUGAUGAGCUAGUUUAAAAACUUUUGCAUUGUUUAUUGUCUUGUUUAUACCAAGUGUAAUGAUUUUAACAUUUUAUUUUUACAUAUCUUUUUUUUUCAGUUUUGCAAACGUCAAUCAUGUCAUCGUGUCCUAAGAUUACAAGAAAGUGAUUCAUUUUAUGUACCCUACUUUUCGGCACAGGAGGAAGGGAUGUAAAUGUGAACGAAGUGAAAUAUGAUAUAAAGGGUAAUGAGACCACAGACCACAAUAUUGAAAAUAAAGAAACUAUUAGAUAUCACUAUGCUCACGUGUGAAUAUCUCUAGUCACAUGCCCGUAUUUUGAGUAUUUCAUAGGCUGUCGUUUGAUACAUUAACACAUCGCCAUGCGUAAAUUUGUAUCUUUCUAGUCAGGUACCUGUAUUCCAUGUAUUUUAUAGGCUUUCGUUUGAUACAUUUAGUCACCACCAUGUUCACAUGUGUAUAUCUCUAGUCACGUGUCUGUAUUCCAUGUAUUUCAUAGGCUGUCGUUUGUUCUAAAAGACAUUAUUGAAUAAAUAUUAACCAUGCAGAGAGAAAAUAUUAACUACAAAAAUGACCAGUACAAAUAAAAUUUACAAAUAAGUCAAAAUAACAUAACAAUUGUCAGUCGACUGGUUAGAAGACGUUUCAUUUUUGGGUGUUUUGGCUAGCUAUAAUCUCAAAGAAAACUAUAUCAGAGAGAGAUAAACGUUAAACUUAAAAAAUAGGAUCUUCAAAUCAGCCUGGUUGAAAUUGUCAGUCGACACCAUAUCGAGGUUUAACUCUCAAUGGGUAUUUUAGACAUUUUACAGUUUGACUAGUAGUUAUACUCACGACAAAUAGGGAGAAGUACAAAGGAAGCAAGGGAAAAUUGCAACAUAAAAGGUGAAGACCUGUAAAAUAAGAUCUACGAAGUAUAUGGAAUUGACCGAAAUUUUAAGUCGACUCUAUUAGGAAUUGUUGCCCUUCAAUGAUGUGUUUUACUGUUUUGUGUUUUAUCGAAAAUUAUAUUAGAAAAAGAAAAAAACAUUAUCAUCAAAAUUAUGAAUACAAUGUCUACAAAUAAGUUAUAUUGGCCGUAAUUGUCAUUUAACUAUGAGUAAUACGAGUAGUUGCCCUUUUCAGCCUAUUUGCGUUUUUAUCAAUAUUCAUCAAAUACUGUAACAGAUUAAAAGAACCUUUAAACAGUUAAAAUAUCAACCAAAUAAUAUCUGAAAAUAAGUCAAGACGGAAACGUUCUAUCGACUCCAUAUAUGAGUUAUUUAAAAUUGUUAAAGGAGAUGUUUUAUGAUUGCAAAUGAGAAAACUUUGCACGAGGAUCCAACAUGAAGUACGUGUAAGCAGCUAUAGGUCACCGUACGCGUAUUACCAUCAACCAUGAGCAAAUUUCUUUCCGUAAUUCAAAUGAUAAAAUAAAUGGCAAAUCAAUAAACGAAAAUCUAAUAUGACAGACAUCCACCAAUAACAAUUACUGAAUGAUAAUUUUUUCCAUUAUUAUCUAUUGUUAAAAAUAUUUUGCGUUUCUGGCAGAAUCUAUAGUUGAUACAGAGAAAUUAAAAAAAACACAAAAAAAAAAAAAAAAAACGAUAAAUAACAUGAAGUGUUUUUAUGUUGUCUUUCGAUGUUUAUCUUGAAAAGUAUGAUAGAUAGAUAUGAACUUUGUUGUUAGUUUCUAUGUCAUUUGUUCUCUGGUGGAGAGUUGUCUCAUUGGCAAUCUUACCACAUCUUCUUAUCUUUAUAUUUGAUAAGCAAUAAUGAUCAACAAGCAAGAUUUACAAAUAGGUGAAUUUGACUAAAAUGUUUAUAGAUUUGCUGUUAAAUCACGAAUUUUACCCAUUUUACAUUAUAAGCUAUUAUCUUGAAAAGUAUGAUAUUCAAGAGAAAAAAUUAUUUGUGAAAAUGAGCAGACCUUUGUAGAUCUUUUUUUCGCUAGAAAAAGACUUCGAAAUGACUGGGGUAUAGAAAUAUGGUAACCAAAGUCUUCUUCGACCGGCAGUAAACCCUUACCAAAGAAAGGCAGUAUGAGAUGUAUAAAUUCGAAGCCACGGCCGGUCAGAAUUGGAACAUUAUAUACGAUGCCUCGUGUAGAAAGAUGACCACGGUCUCUGCACGUUAAAGAACCCUUGCAGCAACUCUUUGAUGAGUCCAUAUGUGUUUCCGGUAGUAAAAGUGUCGUGCGCACUUGGCAGAACUUACCUAUAUUGUAUUAAAAUUAAAAUUAAAAUCGUUAAUACCUUCAUGAAUAUGCAUAAAAUAAUUAUUGCCACCGGACAACGGACAUUAAGCAAGCAACAUUCAAUCAAUCAUGAUUGAAAAGAUUCGUAAACCAAAGAAAUUUUGUUUUAUUAUUCUCUACAGUCCAAGGUUAGCGAUUUAGAUUCUUCAGUACCUCGAGGUUAUAUUGAAUGAGAACACGCAAUAAAUCGAGCGAGAUUGAACCUAUUUGGUCAUAUUGAAUAUUGAAUAAGAUAAGAAUUACGCAAUGUGAAAUCAGUCAUAUAUUGCGUAGUCAGGUACAGUAUGAAUUGGUGUUCAUCGUUGAAGACCUUACGUUGACCUAGUUAAUUACGUCUGAGUCACUUGGUCUAUGUUGGCGAGUUUUCUCAUUGGCAAUCAUACCACCUCUUCUUAUUUUUAUACGUUAGAAUACUAGCACUCGGUAACUAAAGAUAAUUUUGUGUACAACACAACAAAUUUUAUAAAAAGCCGAAAGUAUACGAUUUAUAGUGGCCUCAGUGGCUGAGAGGUCUAAGUAAUACUAGUUCAACUAUUGUAUCACUAGCCUGUCAACACCGAGGUUGUAAGUUCGAACCCCGCACGUGGCUCGACUCCAAUCUUAAUUCACAAGGAUUGUCAGUUUUCCUGACAUUUUCUUUGACAUUUCUGGACUAAAGUGACCAAUUUGUAUAAUCCUAUUCAUUUAUCAAUAAACUAACAAAAUUUGGAAUAAUUAAGGACAUCUUUAUUAUUAUUUUUUUCAAUUUCAAAAGCCAAAUAAUGGCACUUAUCAUACCUCUUUCUAUCGUCUUGAAUAGUGCUGAAAGUGGCGUUAAACAACAAUCAAUCCUAUUGUCUUGCAUCAACGGUAGGCGCACCAUUUAGUGCAUAUGUUUACUUUAUGUUUGUUAUCUGGUGAGGGUGUACAGAUUAAGGCCGUGUUCCCAUUGAGCUUAACACGGUGUUAUGUAUUAAACUAAACUCUGCUACGUUCCCAUUGAUAAAAAUCAAUGUUUAUAUGUUACAGUAGUUUAAAUCCGAUUUGACAUGCAUUCGAUAGUUAAUGUUGACCUUGUGUAGGCUAAGUGUACAUAAAACUAGAUAUUAAAACGUGGUAUUUAUUAUGAAUAUUUA